AUGCCCCCGAAAGCCGUAUCUCCUCUGACUGGGGCACCGCCUCCUCUACCUGUAGCUCGUCCGGGCGUCCCAGUCGCAGGAUCAUCAACCGCAGCGCCAAAACCCCUUCCGCAUAUUGACCAGGCCCGCCUGAACUAUGAUCUCACUGAAGCGGAAUCGCAAUAUUGCCAAAACCUUGCAGAGGGUGAGAGGGGUAACUUCAAGUUGUUUGCCAUAGGAUACAAGCUCGCAGAGAAGGACUGGGAAGCUAAGAAGAGAGGACUGAGCACUAUCGCACAUUGGAAGGCCCUCAACGGAAACGAGAGAAAGAGAGCAGAAUUCCUUGCAUACAUAGACUCGGGCAAGAAGAAUCCAGAUCCGCGCUUGUGUCCUGAGAAUUUCGUAUUUCGACCCGGGGAACUAGAGUACUUCGAGGCGCUACCCGCUAACGACCAGGAGCCCUUCCGGCUUUUCACGUGCGGCUGGAAGGUGCUUCAACACAAAUCGAGCGGCAACGAGGCGCGUAUUAUAGAGCUUUGGGAGACGAUGGAGGACCGCAAGCGAAAGAGAGUCAUCGACAUAGGUACAGUGUGGAGUGAGAUGUUUGAAGGCAUAGGCCUGCAGUCAGGCCCCGAUGCUCAUGACUAUGUCGAGGGUGUUGACGGAGCGCCCAAGCCGAGACCACCAGCAACGAGACGAGAUGGCACGUAUGUCAAUGAAGAGAUGGAAAGGCUGGGGCGGCCUGGCAUCUGGAGAUUCGAGAAAACGCUUUAUCAGAAUUUGCACCUCAAAACAAUGCGCUCUCGCAGGAUCGUUCAUGUGUUCACGCGUGUGGACGACGACGGCCUCAUAGCAGAGCGCAUAGUCGUCAAAAUACAGGGCGAAACCUCGAUGGCGCACCUUAUCGCGCGCGUCCAAAACGAGUACGAUAUCCAGGAAUUACUUUCCGAGAAAGGCUGCCGAAAUAUCCUCAGUCUGUACGGCUGGUCUACCCGCACGCGAGAGUAUUACCCUAUCCUUGCCUAUGGGUUCAUGGAAUACGCUCAGUUUGGCAAUCUGUUCGAUCUCAAGGACCAUCGUCGCCGGACAGAUACCCAACUCCCUGAACCAUUUAUCUGGAUGGUCUUCCGCGCCCUGGCGGAAGCACUCCACCUGAUGCACACUGGAAAGCUUAUCGAUCCGGAUGAGCCGGCCGCCGACACAAAGAUAGCCAACACCGCCCUCAAGAAGGAAUCCGGCUGGGCUCCAAUACUCAACCUUGACAUCAAACCGAUGAACGUGGUCCUCGGCGACGCCGAUCCCGGCGGCCCGUUUCCAGCAUUCAAAACGCCCAAAAUGAUCGACUGGGGAGUCGCGUUCAAAGACGGGCAACUUCCCGGGAACGGGAAAGGCUGCGGAACGCGAGGUUUCCUGCCACCGGAACAAACCACCACCACUAAUAAGUACUCAAGCGAAGCCGUCGGCAUGCAUUCCAUGAUACACAACGUCGGACUGACAGUAUUAAACCUCAUGGAUGGGGAGUCCGUUAGCUGCGAGAAUCCUAAACAGAGGCCGAAACAUAGCAGCGAGUACGACGGCCUCUACACCGAACCACUCGAGCAGCUCGUACACAAGUGUGUGGAUGUUAAUCCGAAGAACAGACCAACUCUGCAUCACGUCUUGUACGCAACGAGGCUGGGGCUGGCAAGGUGGGAGAAGGUGUACGGGCAGGUCAGAGGCAAGACGCUUGACGAACUUCCCGACUUCGCGAAGGUGGUCCUUGCUGAUGAGGAGUUCAGGAUUGGGGAUGCGGCACCGACGUCGUGGGCACCUAAGAAAAGGAAGGCUGAGGAGAAUGCAGAGGCUGAUGAAGAGGCUCCAGAGCGGUCCUCGCAGCGCAGCAAAACGUCACAUCACCCGGAAGCUUUCGAAGAAGCCUAUGACGCUCCCGAAGAAGCUGAUGCUUUCGAAGAGGCUGUACAAACCACCAUCAUACAAAAGGAAAGGCAAGACGCCCGUCGCACCACCAGGCGUUUUCAUAGACGAGCGAGGCCACCGGCAAACCCCUUCACGGUCAUUGAAAGCGGCACAUCACAGAUCGGCAAGCAUGACCACCCAAGAAAGGGAACUUCUUGA